AUCUUUUGAUUGACACAUACAAAAUAUUUUUUAAAAAAAAAAUCCAGAUCUAAGUCCAUUCGCUCUCCGGCCCUCCCUCUCGACUGAAACUACCGAUCUAAUUCCUUUCUCAAUGGCCUCCCUCCCGCUCGGCUGAAACUGCAAAACCGAACUUACGAAGAGCUCCACUUUCAUUUCCGACAAAAACUGGACUGCGAAGUUCCAUUUCCAGCGUGGGCCUGAAGGGUCUAUAAAUAUGAUUCGUAAAGCUCCGGCCAUUGGGUCGAAGGAGGGAUGUAUAAAAGAAAAGGGAGGGCCUGAGGACUCGAGACGUCAUUACAGAGGAGUUCGGCAGAGGAAAUGUGGUAAGUGGGUUGCAGAAAUUCGGCAGCCAAACAACGGGUACAAAAGGCUCUGGCUUGGUGCUUUUGCUAAUGCAGUUGAAGCUGCGUUUGCUUAUGAUGAAGCUGCAAAGGCCAUGCAUGGUUCUUGUGCCUGCCUCAAUUUUCCUGCUGGUUGUUUAGUCACCACUUCAUCAGGAACUUGUGCGGAAGCAACACCAUCAGGCUCUGAUUCUUCGACUACAUUCAACCACUCCGGCGUCUGUGCAGCCGAAGAAAUAGAUGUGAAGCCUCUUAUCCCAAAUCUGCUUCCAAUGGUAGUGCAGAUUCGUAAAGCUCCGGCCAUUGGGUCGAAGGAGGGAUGUAUAAAAGGAAAGGGAGGGCCUGAGAACUCGAGACAUCAUUACAGGGGAGUUCGGCAGAGGAAAUGUGGUAAGUGGGUUGCAGAAAUUCGGCAGCCAAACAAUGGGUACAAAAGGCUUUGGCUUGGUGCUUUUGCUAAUGCAGUUGAAGCUGCGUUUGCUUAUGAUGAAGCUGCAAAGGCCAUGCAUGGUUCUAGUGCCUGCCUCAAUUUUCCUGCUGGUUAUUUAGUCACCACUUCAUCAGGAACUUGUGCGGAAGCAACACCAUCAGGCUCCGAUUCUCCGACUACAUUCAACCACUCCGGCCUCUGUGCAGCCGAAGAAAUAGAUGUGAAGCCUCUUAUCCCAAAUCUGCUUCCAAUGGUAGUGCAGAUUCGUAAAGCUCCGGCCAUUGGGUCGAAGGAGGGAUGUAUAAAAGGAAAGGGAGGGCCUGAGAACUCGAUACGUCAUUACAGGGGAGUUUGACAGAGGAAAUGUGGUAAGUGGGUUGCAGAAAUUCGGCAGCCAAACAACGGGUACAAAAGGCUUUGGCUUGGUGCUUUUGCUAAUGCAGUUGAAGCUGCGUUUGCUUAUGAUGAAGCUGCAAAGGCCAUGCAUGGUUCUCGUGCCUGCCUCAAUUUUCCUGCUGGUUGUUCAGUCACCACUUCAUCAGGAACCUUUGUGGAAGCAACACCAUCAGGCUCUGAUUCUACGACUACAUUCAACCACUCCGGGGUCUGUGCAGCCGAAGAAAUAGAUGUGAAGACAAAGCCUCUUAUCCCAAAUUUGAGAAAUGAGGGUGGGAAAGUUGAAUCGAGAAUGUGUAGUCGGCUAGCUGCAGUAGCUGAAGCUGCCAUGCCCAAUAGGAUGUUGCAGUCAGAAGCAAAGGAUGAACCCUGCGACAUGCAUUAACUCUAAAUACAACUGUUUCCUCGUGUAGACAUGCUAAUGUUCAUGUUUUGAUUUAGUACAUUUUAAGCACUUUUUAACAUUUUAAGCGAUACAGUUUGUUCUUCCU